UGUGCUGACUGUUGGUAGUAAUUCUUAAUAAAGAGGGCGCCAUCUAAUUCGAUAGGGAGUACACACGCAUAAAAUCGUGUCUUUGACAGAACCACAUGUCUAACUUAAUAAAGGAUUAAUAACUUUACCACAAAAAGCGUUUCACCUCAAGAGCGAGUCAUUCAAGCCAAGUCAACAUGGAGCUGCUCUAUCUUCUCUGUUCUAUCCUCUCCACUGCCAUCACCUCUCUCCUCCUAUCUCUCCUCCUCCCUUUCCGGUGCCUUCUCCGAAGCAUCGCCACCCCACGCGCAGCUGGGAACCCCGGAAACUCUGUUUCUCUCUACCAGGGCACCGUAUGGCACGAGCGCCGCCGCCCUGUCCACCACUCCUUCCGCUACCCCGUCCGCUAUGCCUUCAUUGACCUCGACACUGCACCCGACGCGCCGCCCAACCACCUCUCUGCCAAUGAUGCCCGUCGUGUUGCCAAGACCCAUGGACCUGUUUUUCUGUUGACAAUACCUCCUAGCGUGGGAUAUGAACAAAAUCCAUUGAGCUUGUAUUACUGUUAUGAUGUUGAAGGCUCUAAGAGAACUUUGAGAAAAUGCAUUGCUGAGGUUACUAAUACACCAUGGGGUGAAAGAGUAACAUUUCUAUUCAAUCCAAACUCAGAUUUAGUUGCUAAACCUCUCCAUGUCAGCCCUUUCAUGGAUAUGCUUGGCUAUUGGAGCGUCAAAACAAAUGACCCUGCUGAUAAUCUGCAUGUAGUAAUAUCAGUACAACACCCUCAACUUGGUAACUACUUCACUGCAUCAUUGACUGCCAAAAGACUUGCCUCUUUAACGUCAGAAGAUCAUUCAAUGUUCUUCUGGUUGAUGCCCCAUAAAGUUGCAUUCUGGAUAUAUUGGCAUGCUCUCAAACUUUGGUGGAAAAAUGUUUCCUUUAUUCAACAUCCAAGAUAUCAAAAUCCAAAGUAUAGAGAAGACGCUUUACUGCGGGAUGAAAAUAUUCAAUGUUGUCCAUUGUUUGGAAGUAAUGAAGCAGACAACCUUCAAAUACAAGGAAGAGCAUGUGAUUCAGCAGUCAAAAUGUCGAGCGAGCGCUGCUUCACUUGGAGGGAUGCCACAUGGCCAUGGUGCUGAGUUAACUAGUUGUAAGUUGUCUUGCUGUAAAACUCCAGGGUCAGAGCCUCAACUGAAUCCAUAUGUUAAACCUCUGACCCAUUCUCAAGCUGUCUUGCCACGUAAUAUACAUUAUCACGGUUUUGAUUGCUUUGAUUGUUAGCCACAUACAGGAUACCAUUUCUUCCCUGGCCUGGUAUUCUUUUAUAAGGUGAUAUUGCAAUGACAAGAUUGCCUAAUCAUCUUCAUAUUGUAGACAACAACCACAUCGUGUCUUGUGGUGGUUCAUUUGAAGGUUGGGGCAGGUCAGAGAUGGUUCAUCUUCGAAGCAGCACAGAUCUGAAGAAGCCCUCAAGUUUCUGCCUGCAAAUCAGGAGUGACUCAAUAUGCUUUAUUCUUGUUUGGUUUGUGCCGUUGAUUUGUGAAAUUCUUGUUUGGUUUGUGCCAUUGAUUUGUGAAAUAAAUCGAAGAUUUCAGCAGAUCUUAUAUUUAAUUAUCAUUCAAUACUACCGCAAUAAUUUCACCAUACUGUAUUAGUUUUCAGUAUACUUGAUUGGAUACAGAUAAUACUGAGUUUAUACUUGAA